CUAUAUAGGUGAAAGUAUCGUGAUUUAUUGAAUGGAGAGAUAAAUAUCAGCAUGGAAAUUGUACAAUAAAUCCAUAUCAGAUUUUAAUUGCUUAUCGUAAUAUAAAAAAAAAAACGUACUGCGGGAACGUAAAAUGCUCUUGUGCAGAAACGUAUUAUUUUCUGCGCACUCCUUAGAACAACAAUGACCCUCUUUCAGAGCAUGACAAGUGAAUAAUAAAUCAAAAUAGUUGUUAUACAAAUCAAGUAGCUAAUAUAAAAACGCCACCUAGGCAUCUAGUGCUACUAUUGUCACGAUAUUUGUGAGGUUAGCACUCUAUUUAUUCACUUAGCUCUGUGGCACGCAUAGUAAUAUGUGUAUAACAAUAAGAAGUGAUCUGACUUCACUGUAAUGGCAGAUAACAAGUCAGUUCGACUUGAAACAUUAACUUACAAGUACGAUAACGAAUUCUUCGCGUCACUUGACUGCUCUUUAAACGUUUGCAUUUCAAAUCGAGCGUUAUCACUUAUAUAGGCGGAUUGCGUAUUGAUAAGCCAGUUGCAAAACAACACAGUAACGUAAAGCUUAAAGAAUUUGUUAGGUUAUAAUUAUAAACUUUAAGAGGAGACAUGACUCUAGGUAAAAUAACUGACUUGAUAAAACAGUCAAAAAAGUUUUCCUAUUCUUUCGAAGUAACUCCCGAUGUGGCAGUUGAAGAAAUAAACAAACUGAAGGUGGAGCCAGUAUUUUUCUCCGUGACAUGGCACGCCACAAAUCACAAGUGCGAAGACUUAGAUAUAGCACCUAUAAGGAUGGCUAAAUUUUUAAGAAGCAAACAACAUAAUGUGUUAUUGCACUUGACUUGUGAUAUGUUGAAAAAGGAUUACUUGGACCAAGUACUGGCACUACUACAGAAGCAAAAUAUUUGCAACCUGCUUGUUAUGUUAGGAGAAAAAUAUGACGCCGCCACUUCGGAUUUUCAAAGCGCCCGAGAAUUAGUAGCCUACAUAAGGGCGAGUACUGGAAAUUAUUUUUGCAUUGGAGUCGCUGGAUCUCCCGACCAUACCGGAGAGAAACUUUUAAAUCUCAAAGAAAAAACUGACAGUGGAGCAGAUUUCAUACUCACACAGGCAUUUUUCGAAAAAGAAGUAUUUAAUAACUUUGCAAAAACUUGCAAAGAGAUCGGGAUCGGGGUACCCAUAAUACCAGGUGUGUUCCUGUUCGAAAAUUUUAAACAGCUAAAUGGCUUCAUUAAUCUUUGCAAGGUUAAAGUUUCCCAAGACUUACUGGAUCAAGUGAAAAUCAAAGAAGAAUCGAGCAUAAAGGGACUAGAAAUUGUACAUAAGUUACUACAAGACUUGAUUGCCGAUAAUGAAUUAAAACAUUUUCAUUUUUUUACUUUGAACAAGUUGGAUGUUGUGUCAGAUUUCGUUAAAGAACUUUCAUAAUAAUAUCAAACAGUUACUUGCAUUGCAUUAGUCCUAUUGAUAUUCAAUGAGUAACUGGCACUGAUGGUUGCUCAAUAUUUCAUUAGGAACAAAUUUUGUACAAUGGCGAUUUUUAUUUUCCUAUUUUCGUAAAUAAAAUCUUGUAGUCUCAAAGAA